GGCGUUACAGUGACACUCCAUUACAGCAUCAUGUUUGGACCUCAUAUUUGUGGCUACUGCACAAAGAAAGUCCAUGCUAUUCUCACCUUCAAUGGGACAAACCACUUGAUCAAGAGGGGAGCCCCAUGUGAGACAGAUCGACUGACUCAUGUCUGUAUAUUUGUCCUCUGGCCUGAUGCUUCUUACAGCAUCCUCGUUGACAGUGUGGAGAAGCAGUCGGGUAGCUUAUACUCUGGGAUAUUCUCCCACCAAAGAAGAUCAAGGAUCCAGAGGCCAAGAAGCCCAAAGAUUGGGAUGACAAGGAGUACAUUCCUGAACCUGAAGAAGCCUAAGGAUUAUGAUGACAUCCCAAAGGAGUUGCCAGAUCCUGAUGCCAAGAAGCUGAGGACUGGGAUGAUGAGGAAGAUGGUGAAUGGACACCACCAACAAUUGCCAACCCCGAAUACAAGGAUCCAUGGAAGCCGAAGAAAAUUAAGAACCCCAACUACAAGGGCAAAUGGAAGGCUCCAAAAAUUGAUAAUCCAGUACUGUUUACUUCAAAGAUGAUCCAGAUCUCUAUGUUUUCCCAAUUUUGAAGUGUGUGGGCAUUGAGUUGUGGCAGAUGAAAUCUGGAACCCUUUUUGACAAUAUCUUGUUAUCCGAUGAUGCGGAGUAUGCCAAGAAGGUAGCUGAAGAGACAUGGGCAAACACAAAGACGUAUGUUGCCUUUAUACUUAAAAGAAGCCAUAAAGACGUAUGUUGCCUUUAUACUUAAAAGAAGCCAUAAAGACGUAUGUUGCCUUUAUACUUAAAAGAAGCC